UUUUGCGAUUUCCCGCGGUUCUUAUCUCUUCAAUUUUUCCGUCCUUUUUCAUGCCAUUUUCAACAUUUUUUUCUUAAUUGUGCCCCGUUUGUGCUGAAAUUAAUCGCGUUUUACUGCUUUAUUGUACGAUUGUUAUAGUGAUUUCUGUAUUGGAACUUGUUCUGAAUUCUUACACUGUAUGUACAAGUAUCAAAAUCUAUAAAAGUAUCGUCCAAUGGCAUCCAAACCAUCUCAAAACUUUUCUCUGGAUAAACAACAAGUUGCAACUUUCAUUACUUACUACAAAAGCUUACCAGAAAAACCGGCCACAACGAUCAGAUUUUUCAAUCGUGGAGAAUUCUACACUGUUCACGGUAGUGAUGCGAUUUUCACAGCUAGAGAAUGGUUCAAAACUACAUCAUUUAUUAAAACUUAUACAUCUGGUGAAGAUACAUUGGAAUCAUUGUUCGUAAAUAAGGGUAAUUUCGAAGCUUAUAUUCGUGAUUUGUUGCUCGUGAGACAUUAUCGAGUCGAAGUGUACACCGGUGGAUCGAAAACCAAUAACUGGACUUUGGAGUUCAAGGGAUCGCCUGGAAAUUUAACCCAAUUCGAAGAAUUAUUAUUCGAGAAUGUCGAUCAAAUUGAAGGCUCUGCAGUUAUCGCCAUCAGAGUUGGAACGAAUUCGCAAAAUAAAGCGAAUCCUAUUAAAGUUGUCGGAAUUGCAUUACUGGAUUGUAUCGAACAGAAAAUGUCAUUGUGUGAAAUCACCGACGACGAGUAUUUCUCAAAUACAGAAGCUUUAAUAGUUCAAUUGGCUGCUAAAGAAUGUCUCUUGGUGUCUGAUAACUCUCCCGAGGGUGAAAUACUGAAAAAAGUCAUUGAGAGAAGCGGCGUGUUAGUCACUUUACGGAAACGAACCGACUUUUCAGUCGAUAAUUUGGCUCAAGAUUUAAAUCGAUUGAUUAAAUUUAAAGAAGGUCAACAGCCGAAUGCAAUGGCUUUACCUCAAAUGAAUAUGACUGUAGCAGCUUCUUCGUUAGCUGCCAUUAUCAAGUACCUCGAUCUGACGUCGAAUCAAGAAAAUUUCGCUCAAUUUAAUAUCGAAACUAUUGAAAACCAAUGUUUAGUGCACGUUGAUUCCGCUGCUUUAAAUGCUCUUAGUAUUAUUCCAGUUGCUAAUGUGACUAAUUUCAGUAAACAUCAUUCGGUUUUCGGAUUAUUGGACAAAUGCCGAACUUCUCACGGUCGCAGAUUGUUAAUGCAAUGGGUGAGACAACCAUUACGCGAUAUGAAUGCCAUCAACGAAAGACAUGACAUAGUCGAAGCUCUAGUAUCCGAUACAGAAGUCAGACACGAAUUAUUCGACGACCAUUUACGACGUAUUCCUGAUUUUCAAUCCUUGAGUAAAAAAUUACAACGAAAUAGAGCUACCAUGCAAGAUUGUUAUAGAGUAUACCAAGGAGUCUCCAAAUUACCAUCUUUAGUGCAGACAUUGAAAUCAUCCAAUGAAGAAAAUCCUCACACUACUUUGCAAACCGUCUUUAUUAAUACGCUAGAAGAACAAAUUAAAGAUAUGAGUAAAUUCCAAGAGAUGUUGGAAUCAACUCUAGAUAUGACUUUGGUUGAUAGAGGAGAGUUCUUAAUUAAACCCGAAUUUGACGACGAAUUAAAAGAAAUGCGCUCGAAAAUGGAUAAUUUGGAGAGCAAAAUGAAAAAGCAGUUGACUGCAGCUGCUGCUGAGCUCGGAUUACCGGAACAUAAAUCUAUUAAAUUGGAAUCUAAUGGCCAGUUUGGGUUCUUUUUUAGAGUUAGUUUGAAAGAAGGAAAAUUGGUCACUCAAAACAAAGAAUUCGAUUUACUCGAUACUCAUAAAGCUGGUGUGCGUUUCCGAAAUUCAAAACUUACCGAUUUGAACGAAGAUUAUUCCGAAUUACGUAAACAAUACCUCGAACACCAGAAAGAUAUAGUAUCCGAAGUCAUCGGCGUCGCGUGUGGAUACUGCAACACGCUGCAAUAUCUCAGUUCAAUAUUAGCUACAUUAGACGUACUAGUCAGCUUCGCUGUAGUAGCAGCAUCUGCACCGACACCUUAUGUUCGACCGAAAAUGCUGCCUUCUGGUACUGGAACAAUGAAUUUGAAACAAGCUCGCCAUCCUUGCGUUGAAAUGCAAGAUAGUGUAUCGUAUAUACCGAACGAUGUACGCUUUCAACAAGAUUCAGCCACUUUGUAUUUAAUUACCGGACCCAAUAUGGGUGGUAAAAGUACCUAUAUUCGUAGCAUAGGUAUUGUGGCUUUGCUAGCGCAUAUUGGAAGUUUCGUACCUUGCGAAGAAGCCGAGAUACCUAUUUUAGAUGCUAUAUUGGCCAGAGUUGGCGCCAAUGAUUCGCAAAUUAAAGGAAUGUCUACGUUUAUGGUGGAAAUGGUGGAAACAAGUUCGAUUAUUAGAAGAGCGACUAGUAAUUCAUUAGUUAUUAUUGACGAAUUAGGACGAGGCACUUCUACAUACGAAGGAUGCGGCAUAGCAAGUGCUAUUGUCGAGUACCUGGCUAAAGAUUUGAAACCUUUCACAUUGUUUGCUACACAUUUCCACGAAUUAACGUUGUUAGCCGAAGAAAUACCUACUAUUCAUAAUUUACAUGUCAGUGCCAUGACAUCGCAAGAUAAAUUAACUCAUCUGUAUCAAGUCAAAAGUGGAGCUUGCGAUCAGAGUUUCGGUAUUCAUGUCGCAAAAAUUGCUAAAUUUCCACCCCAAGUUGUGCAAGACGCCGAGCAGAAAUUAGAAGAAUUGGAAGAUUUUCUCAUCAUGGAGGAUAAAUCAAUCAGUGAUGAAGAUAAGACUAAAAUCUUGAAGGAGGGAACAAAUAUAAUCGACGAGUUUCUCGUAAAAUGUAAGGAUUUAAAAUCUCAGAAUUUGUCCAAGAAUGAAUUUUCCUCGAAAUUCCAAGCUCUUAAAGAUGACGUGAAAAAUAAGAAAAAUAUUUACGUCGAAGCUUUGCUCAAUAAAGUAUUGUGAAUGUAUAAAUGUCAAGUUAAAUGUUCCUUUUAUAAUUUUAUUUCGCUUGUGACUGUUUUAUUUUAUUUUUUCUUGUAAUCGAUUUUUGAAUUUUUUAUGAAUAAUAUAUUUUUAGUGCGAUCA